AUGCAUUUUCAUCGACUUCGCCUAUUAAAAUCUGUGUGCAUUUGUAUUUUAUCUAUCGUUAUUAUUAAUCAAAUCUGUUUUCUAUUAUGGUAUUUGAAUGAUGGAUCUUUUUGGAGAGAAAAGCAAAUAAAAGAGUAUUUCUUCACAGCAUUGAAUUCUGAAUUCGAACAAAUAUCGUCUAAACUCGAACCAUUCACUAUAGCUCUACCAAAUUUUCCCGAUAAUGAAGCACGCGAUUGGUUUCUUAAUACGACUUAUUAUAAAAGAUAUUCAAAACAAUGUCCGAAUGAUGCAUGUCAAACAAAUGGAUUUUUCUACAAUGAUUCAAAGGAACAUCUCAACGUUCAUGUUGCUCUAAUUAACAAUGGUGUUUAUUUUGAUGAUGCUUGUGGUUAUAAUUAUAAUGAAACAGCCCUUCGACGGAUAUUUGUAUCUACGAAUUAUGUCUCUGUUGUUUAUGACCAAGCUAUUAUUUAUACAGUACCAGAUGGUUGGAGUUUUCAACAUUUUCUCGAUGGUAUAGGACCGAAACUGUGUCAUUCUCGAAUCUAUUUAGAUAAAUAUCCAAACGCAAAAGUACUCAUUUUGCAAGGUCCCCGAUUCGAUCAAUCUGUAAAAGAGAUUUGGGCUUUGCUUGGGGUGAAUGAGUCAAAUCGAAUCAUUCAUUAUCAUCGUAGUAUGAAAGUUGGUGCUCAUCUCCUGAUAAAUCCAUGUCGAACACCAGGUAUUCAUCCUCGUCUCUGGCAAGAUGCUCGUUCCAUGUAUUGGUCUUUAGUGGAUCUGUCUAAAUCGAAAUCUAUCUUAUCUAAACCUAAUCUUAUCUAUGUUCAAAGAACACCUGCAAAUGCUAAGAAUCGAGGUCGUCUCAUUCUGAAUGAAAAACUCAUUAUUGAACUCCUUCGUAUAUACGCCUCGAAGCACUCAUUGACUUAUGUACAAUAUGAUCAUUCGAAACAUAAUGAUCACAUUGGAAAGCAAGUCGAAUUAUUUUACAAUGCUCGUAUCAUCUUCGGUGUACAUGGUGGAGCCCUAUCGAAUAUGAAUUUUGCUCCAUCAGGCACGAUUAUUAUUGAACUAAUGCCUUAUCGAUCUGAUAAGAGUUCAUUACCGAUUGUUUGUUCCACGUUUGAUCCACAUACAUUCAGACCAUGUAGUGGUUAUAGUUAUUAUAUGCAAUCUCAACUACUCAAUCAAUCCUAUUGGAUUUUGCCAACUGUGGUUGAUAAGAACGGCAAUCUGAAUGUCAAUUUGACUCGACUUCAACGACUCUUCGAUUCAUUAGUUUAA